AUGUCAGCACUAGGAAGAACGUCGCCAACUCCAGCUGAUGCCAUUGGUGUGAAACCACAAGAGUUGAUACAGAAGACAGCUUUAGCGAAUAAUAUGAUGCUCUUGGGGUCCUGUCGAACAUUCUCGGCGAUCCUUGGAGGCAUUCUGGCGGGUAUAUUCAGAGUAGAAGGUCUACAGUAUGGUCUCAUCCUUUUCGCUUUAUACAUAAGAUUAGGAGGGGAUGGUAAGAAGUACUUCAUCAAUGAGAAGGACAUGAUGAUAGGACAACUCUCCACUGGUCUUAUGGGUUUCGUACUUAUGUGGACGUUAGUAUACGAUUGUGUCCAUAUAUUCUGA